AUGCCAUCCUUCUACCACACACCACACUACAGCAAACCGUCCAUAUCCAGCCUCGCCGCCUUCGAUUCAGACGACGACGAGGAUAUUCGGCCCGACGUCGAGACAGCAUACCUGCUAGCGCCGCCUAUUACAUCGCCUCUACCUUCACCCCGGGCAUCGUUUGACAGUAUUCCAAUACUUUACUAUCGAACGCCGGACUACGCUACAUGGGCCGACCACUUAACGAAGGAAUACGAGGAGGGCGACGAUGAGCUGCAUGACCCGGAGUUGGAUACGCAGGAUUUGGAUGCGUCAGGCACCAUCUGGACGCGAAGAGGUGUGAUGAAUCUGGGAGGGAUGGGCAUGGCGUUUAUUCUGCUGAUAGUGAUCAUGAUGGUGUUGCCGUUGCUCUCGUUCCAUUACUACCGCACUCACUACUCUGCGUCCGCGUUCGAGUACGGUUACUACGAGAGCACCGACUUCAUUGCGAACGCGACGACCACAAGUCCACCAGUACUGAAAGACACACGACCGUGUCUAAUUUGUGGCCCUCCGGGAACAUGA